AUGCGGUUUCUGGGUUUAUUCGGCGUGUUCGGGCUCUUCGUCGCCGCAAAGGCGGCUGAUUUCCAAACCGUGCGAGACGACAUCGCCAACAUUAGCGCCAUUCUUCAGCACCUGGACACCGAUGCCAAGGGCAUCCAGGCUGGUUCAGUAGGCAUUGCCCGGUCGCUCCAGCUCGAGGUCGAUUCUGUUCAGGUGCACAAAUUGCUUUUAAGCACUACAGACGACACCAAAGCAUCGCCUCCUUUUGAGGAUCAUUCCAUUGAUGUCGGCGGCGACUUCUUGAACCUGCAGCCCGUCAUCAAUGGUGUGCUGAAAACGAUUACCGAUCUCCAACCCAACUUGAAGGAGCUCAGCCCCGUGGUGGUGGCGAUCCUGUAUCAGUUGAAGCAGGACUCGGAUGUGCUUGGAAAGGAAGUGUCGGGCAAGCUAAGCGCAGAUUUCCAAGCGGUGGCACAGCAGGUUCUCGGGGAAAUUGACGAUACAUUCAAUACUGCAAUCACGACAUACGGCGGGAAAAAGACCUGA